GCGGCUGAGCGGGGAGCAGCUCACUCCCCAGCCGACCAUAGCAGAGAGCAGUCAGCCCGUCGUGUCUCUUUCCGAGGCCGGAUGGUAAAAUCCAACCUCCAGCGGAUCCUAAACAGUCAUUGCUUUGCUCGCGAAAAAGAAGGAAAACAGCAGUCUCUCACUACCAUGGCGGAUUUAAGUAGUAGUAUCUGUGACAUGAUCGGCAACCUGUCCCUGCACUGUAGUAGUACCCGCGGCCCGGGGCCUCUGUGGUGCUCCGAUGCCCCUCUCCCACCCCUGAAGAUCCCAGGUGGGCGAGGGAAUGGUACACGGGAUCACACUCCUUCAGCUCGGCUGCUCUACUCAGACAGGAAGUUGACGGUGACAGAGGAGCCAGCAGGCAAUGGUCGGCCUGGGAUACUCCACUUCCAAAGCCGUCCCACUGUUACCAAGGCGAUACAGUGGGAUGCCGUGUGGAGCAGCAACGCACUCUAUGUGGAGAUACCUCUUGACCCGCUUCCUGAAGGCAGCAAGGAGAGUUUUGCGGCUCUCCUGGAGUAUGCCGAAGAACAUCUGAAAGUUGUUAGCGUGUUUGUCUGCUUUUACAAGAACAGAGAUGAUCGUGCUAAGCUGGUGCGUACAUUCAGUUUCCUGGGCUUUGAGAUUGUGAAACCGGGCCAUGCCCUCGUCCCACCUCGACCCGAUGUUCUCUUCAUGGCCUACAAUUUCGACAGGGACUCCUCCGAUGAGGAGUAGCUCUCUGGACGACCUCCCACUCCUCCUCCCCUUCCCUUUUCUUCCCUUAUUAUAUUCAUCUAUCCCGUCCCCGCUCACUCAUACACCACCAUCUCUGUUAAACCCUCAGUUGUAGUGACCCAUAUGCAAACUAUCCACUCCCCCAUGCUUUUUGUGUUCCAGGGAAUAGUUUAGAUGUGCAUCUUUCAUUUCACUUGUCUACCUUUAUGUAUCUUUAUUAUACCAUUUUCAUUUAAGUUGAAUGGGUGUAUUUUUGUCACUUAAGAAAGAGGGAACCAUUGUUUUUGGACUUUUGAUGAGAAUAUUACAACUUUCAUUGCUAUCUUUCAAAGUCUUGUAUCAUUUUUCCAUUCUUGACUUGUCUUGUUGAUAUUUCUUUAAUGAUAGACUGAGGAGGAGGAGGAUUCUUCAUUUGUUGAAUGUACAACAAAAAGGUCAUCAGGUUUACGCUCGGGUACUCCAGCUUUCAUAUGAUUGGCUUAAAAUUGACAAAAUUUUACCCCAUUUUUUUCUGUCCAGUUCAAAUUACAAAUUUUCAGUGGGACCAGUUUUAUUCUAUAGCACUAAUGCCCUCUUGAAAGUGUUAGGAUUUUGUGAAAAUUGUUGCUUUUGAGCAACAAACCCAAUAAUUGGUACUUAAUAGCUGGAUAGAAAUCCCUUUAGCAAAGUGAGGAAAAUGCAAAGAUGAAUGCUGUUGCAUGUGGCUGAUGUAAGCGCUUCAAUUUAAAGUUAAAGAUACUAUGACGAGUGUGUUGGUACAAAGUGAAAGGAAAGUGAAUAAUCCAAAGUGCUUUUGCUUCUUUCUGUCAUGUAUACCUGACAUUAUCUUAGUAUUUUGUUUUGGAGGAUAAUACAAAAGUUGCUGUGAUGUUACGAUUGGAGUUUUUUUUGGACUAGCAUUCCUUUUAACUUUUUUUCAUAAUAGUAUUGAGUUUGAUGUUCACCUGCAUAGUGGUACCUGUUGUGCUUCUGUGAUAAUAAAACAAACAAAAAAA